GUUAUUAUUGUUGAUGGAAAAGGACAUCCACAAGCUCAAAAAAUUUUUUUAUUGAUUUUUGGAUAUAAUAAAAGUUGGAUUUGGAGAAAAAAAUAAUCAUGUAUCACAGAGAUAUUAGUAAACCUUUACAGUUUUUUCGGGCAUUAUUAUUGGGUCGUACAUGGAACAGUCAGAAUCGAUUUCAAGAUCAAUUGUCACCUAGGCCAUAUCCAAAACCAAACUUGAAUCAAGGUGUAGCACAUAAAGCUUUUGAAAAUUAUUAUGUUAAUCGAGAUGCAAGACGUUCUGUUUUACCACCUAAAACAAUACCAUCACCAAAAUUGAUUGGUGAUUCAACAAAACCUAGUCUACCACCAGCACCUGGUCAUGUUUAUCGUUGGGAUUAAUCGUAUC